UAAAAUUCCGACUUUAUUAUUUUGGACCACUCUAAUGUACAUGCAUGUAUGUAGGUGAAUUCGAGAAUAAAGAAAAUUGAGACAAAUAUGAGAUGUGCCAUAACCUCAAGAGUUCGCCUUGCUGUUACACUCCGCUACCUAGCGACUGGGGAUUCCUUUCGGUCGUCAGAGUUUUAACACAUAUUUCGCGGAAGACAAUUAGCAAUUUUUUACCGGAAGUACUACAAGCUUUAAUUGCUGUUCUUCAGGAUGAAUACUUGAAGACACCUGCGACAGCAAAUGAGUGGUUGGAUGUGGCUAACGAUUUUGAAACACUUCGGCAAUUUCCGCACACUUUGGGAGCAUUCGACGCAAAGCAUAUCCGAAUAAAACCGCCACCUCGUUCUGGAUCAGAUUUUCACAAUUAUAAGGGCUUUUUCAGUAUUACUCUUCUUGCAGUGGUUGAUGUACACAGCAGAUUUAUAUAUGUCGAUAUCGGAGCGAAUGGAAGAGCAUCUGACGUCAUGGCCUUCAAAAAUAGCUCAUUGUAUGAUAACUUGUCAAGAGGCCAAUUAAACUUUCCUGCUGAUAAGCCUUUAAAGGGACAACUUUCCAAAACACCCUUCUAUUUUAUCGGCGAUGACAUUUUUGGUUUGAACCGCCAUUUAAUGAAAGCGUACAACCGAAGUUCAAACUUAAGCACUGCUCAAGAAGCGUAUAAUUAUAGAUUAAGUAGAGCGUAAUGUUUUACAUGAUAACAUUUUUUUUGUUAAUUUUGUUUUAAAAUAUGGCUUAUAUUUUCAGUUUCAGCAAA